GGGGGCCUAUCGCAGCCGGCGGGCUGGCAAUCCCUGCUCUCCUUCACCAUCCUCUUCCUGGCCUGGCUGGCUGGAUUCAGCUCCCGGCUCUUCGCCGUCAUCCGCUUCGAGAGCAUCAUCCACGAGUUCGACCCCUGGUUUAACUAUAGAUCAACACAUCAUCUUGCAUCUCAUGGGUUUUACGAAUUUUUAAAUUGGUUUGACGAAAGAGCAUGGUAUCCACUAGGAAGAAUAGUAGGUGGAACUGUAUACCCAGGACUGAUGGUGACAGCAGGCCUUAUACAUUGGAUUUUAAAUAUGCUUAAUGUGACAGUCCAUAUAAGAGAUGUGUGUGUGUUUCUAGCACCAGUUUUUAGCGGCCUUACAGCUAUUUCUACUUUCCUGCUCACCAGAGAACUGUGGAACCAGGGAGCAGGGCUUUUAGCUGCCUGUUUCAUCGCCAUAGUUCCAGGUUACAUAUCCCGAUCAGUAGCAGGAUCGUUUGACAAUGAAGGCAUAGCUAUUUUUGCACUGCAGUUCACAUACUAUUUAUGGGUGAAGUCUGUGAAAACUGGGUCAGUCUUUUGGACAAUCUGCUGCUGUUUAUCCUACUUUUACAUGGUCUCUGCAUGGGGUGGUUAUGUUUUCAUCAUCAACCUUAUUCCACUGCAUGUGUUUGUUCUGUUGCUGAUGCAAAGAUACAGCAGGAGAGUCUACAUUGCAUAUAGCACUUUCUACAUUGUGGGGUUAAUAUUAUCGAUGCAAAUACCUUUUGUGGGAUUUCAGCCAAUUAGAACAAGUGAACACAUGGCAGCUGCAGGUGUUUUUGCACUGCUGCAGGCUUACGCAUUUUUGCAGUAUCUGAGAGACAGAUUAACAAAGCAAGAAUUUCAGACAUUGUUCUUCUUGGGUGUCUCACUAGCUGCUGGUACUGUAUUCCUGAGUGUCAUCUAUCUGACAUACACAGGUUAUAUUGCUCCUUGGAGUGGUAGAUUUUAUUCACUGUGGGACACUGGGUAUGCGAAAAUUCACAUCCCGAUCAUUGCCUCUGUGUCUGAGCAUCAGCCUACAACAUGGGUUUCCUUCUUUUUUGAUCUGCAUAUUCUCGUGUGUACUUUCCCAGCAGGGCUGUGGUUCUGUAUCAAAAACAUCAAUGAUGAAAGAGUCUUUGUUGCUCUGUAUGCAAUCAGCGCUGUUUACUUUGCUGGAGUGAUGGUUCGCCUGAUGCUCACUUUGACUCCAGUGGUCUGUAUGCUGUCAGCAAUUGCUUUCUCCAAUGUCUUUGAGCGUUACUUGGGUGAUGAUAUGAAGAGGGAAAAUCCACCAAUAGAAGACAGCAGUGAUGAGGAUGACAAAAGGAACCCUGGCAACCUGUAUGAUAAGGCAGGCAAAGUGAGGAAACAUGUGUCCGAGCAGGAAAAAACAGAAGAAGGGCUGGGUCCCAAUAUCAAAAAUAUUGUGACUAUGCUGAUGCUGAUGUUGUUGAUGAUGUUUGCUGUUCACUGUACCUGGGUAACCAGCAAUGCUUACUCCAGCCCCAGCGUGGUUCUCGCCUCCUAUAACCAUGAUGGCACUCGGAAUAUCCUGGAUGACUUCAGAGAAGCCUAUUACUGGCUCAGACAGAACACAGACGAGCAUGCCAGAGUGAUGUCGUGGUGGGAUUAUGGGUAUCAGAUAGCAGGAAUGGCCAACCGGACAACCCUGGUUGAUAACAACACUUGGAACAACAGCCACAUCGCCUUGGUGGGAAAGGCAAUGUCAUCAAAUGAGUCUGCAGCAUACGAGAUCAUGAGAAGCCUGGAUGUGGACUAUGUUUUGAUUAUUUUUGGUGGUGUGAUUGGCUACUCUGGUGAUGAUAUUAAUAAGUUCUUGUGGAUGGUGAGAAUAGCAGAGGGGGAACAUCCCAAAGAUAUACGGGAAAGUGAUUACUUUACCCCUCAGGGAGAAUUCCGGGUAGACAAGGCAGGCUCUCCAACUUUGCUGAACUGCCUCAUGUAUAAAAUGUCCUAUUACAGAUUUGGAGAGAUGCAGCUGGAUUUUCGGACACCCCCGGGAUUUGACCGUACGCGCAAUGCAGAGAUAGGCAACAAAGACAUUAAAUUUAAACAUCUGGAGGAAGCCUUUACCUCAGAGCACUGGCUUGUUAGAAUAUACAAGGUCAAACAACUAGACAACAGAGAGACACUGGAUCAUAAACCUAGAGUAACCAACAUGGUACCGAAACAGAAGUAUUUGUCAAAGAAGACCUCCAAAAGGAAGCGUGGCUACAUUAAGAAUAAACUAAUUUUAAAGAAAGGCAAGAGACCCAACAGGAAGACAGUUUAAACACACUGUUCUGAUUGCUAAUACGAAGCAGUUGUCCUUGAGAUAACCAGUCUUUGCCUUUAGCUCAAAUCAUGUUUCACAGCAACAUGAGGGUACAGAACCAUCAUUGGUCCAGAUUAUUGUACAAAAUUUUCAGGCAAUGUCUGAUUAAAAAUAUUGGCUUAUUGAGAACAGCUGUUUUAGAUUUGUAAUGUGAAGCAAGACAGAGCUGCUAUCCAAGUCUAGCAGCAUUUUUUUUAUUGGUACAUAUUAUCCUUCAAAUCUGUUGUAAAUUUGGACUGACUUUACCAAAGAACCCUGUAAUUUGGUCCUUGGCACAUGCAUUACUUGUCAAUCUUUUCUGGAGAACACUGUUCAGCUGAAUAGCAGCAGUAUGAAAACUGGAAUGGUGACACCUGAAAAUGACUCUUUUUCAACAAGAAAGAGGUGGCAGAGCUCUCUCAAAUUCAACUUUCAAAACAAGUUGCUCCCAUGCUUAUUUUUCAAUGGUUUCUUUCAAUGUCCUUUUACUCUUGCUGCAGGCUGGUUUUGAGCUGGAGUGUAAGAAGCAAAGCUGCAGUUUUCACAAGAGGUGACAGGACAGAUUAAUUGGACAAGCUGCUUUUGUUCAACACAGGAUUGCAGUAUUGCUGCCUUACACUGUCAUUUCACAAGGUAGACAAGGCAAAUCUUGCACACUGUAGAUACAAGGGCUAAAUUUGUAACCUCCUGAAAGAUCUGAAACGACAGUAAUGAAUGCUGUAACAACGUACAACUGAGCACCAUGGAGCUGCUGGUGCUUCAGAACAGAAAUUAAACUAUUUCAGGUGAAUGUUUACAUUGGUAAAACAAGUAUAGCCUGGCUAUUGGGGAAAAGAAGGUUGACAGGUAUACAAAACCCCUUUUCUGUGGCUAUCAGAGGUAGAAGAUUUGCAAACCUCUUCAGCCCUCACUGAAGCCUUUCUGGCGAGGGUGGAAGUUUUUCUGGAAAUCUGUUUCUCUGCAUUUUUAUUUAGAGUGCUUAAAUCAAUUGAAGAAAUUCCUGCUCUAGUGCUAUUUGCUUUGUCUGUCUUUUAUACUGGUUUUGGUUUGUUUUUU